GGUGGUCAGGUGGGACUGCGAGGUGGAUAUUUCAGUGCUGGAAGAUCACUUCGAUAUCAUCAUGUGUGCAGACUGUUUGUUCCUGGACCAGUACAGAGCCAGCCUGGUUGAUGCCAUAAGGAGAUUAUUGCAACCCAACGGUAUGGCAUUAGUGUUCGCUCCACUGCGAGGUGAAACUCUGAGUCUGUUCUGUGAGUUAGCCCAGCAGGCCGGACUGUGCGUUUCCCAGCACCAGCAGUACGAUGCUCAGGUCUGGAAUGUUCACUUAAAGAUGCUGAGAGAAGGGAAGCAAGCAUACGAUGAGAACAUUCACUAUCCUCUCCUCAUCACCCUGACCAAAGGACCUCAACCUGUCAACCACGCUCAGUAAACCACAAGAGAGCUCCACUCUAUAUUUUUGUGUUUGGAAGCAGAGUGGGACAAAGUCAGUAUGUUUCAGCCAUGUGCCAGACUACUAUCAGUUCAGAGGAUGAUCAGAGUUUUAAAUAAAACCCUGUCCAGAUGUAUUAAUCAUUAUACCAAACUGUCGUCUGGUCAGACAAAAGCCAGAUAACCAGUCAGUAUUUUGCUUAAAAUUCAAUCAUAUAAUGAGCCUUUUUAAUUAUCCACUCAUUUUUGUUUUCUUAUUUCAGCUAACAAGACAAAUAUUCAGUCAGAUACUUAAUUUUUGUUAAACUAGUUAUCCACAUAGUACAUCACAUUAAUAUUUUUACAUGUAUCAGGUAUUCAGUGAGUUCUUUCCCCCUUUAACCAGUCACUGUUAACCCAAGCCACUGUGUUUCUGUCCUCAGCAUGGAGGCCAUCUUUAAUUCACUGACUGUCACAGUGUGAAGCAACUCACAGUUUCCUCUCCUUCCACCUCUAAUUUCUUUUAACACAGCUCAUUCAUCCCAGCCAGAGGUCAGCACAAGAACUUCAUUUGUGCAUUUCUUACAACGGUGCAUUAACACAUUAAGGCACAUUCAGAUUAAAAGAGCAAUCGUUGCUUCCAGGAGCUGCAGAUUGCAUAUUACACAACGUUAUUGCCACGGGACAAGUAGAGCCAAUUAAAUGACACCUUGAUUAAUUUGACACAACUCUGUUGGCGUUACAAUGUGUUUGAGCGGAACAACACACUGAGUUUAAUUCUGUAAUUCUGUGACCUUUAAUUCCGCUCUUCACUUGUGGUUUGAGUUUUUGAAAUUGAAUUGAUGACUUUUAUUAACUAAUGUGUAGAACUCAGCCUCAGAUCUGCUGUGUCAGAUGUCCUGGUUUUGAAGUGAGACACCUGAACGUGUGGAAGUGGAUCCUGCAGAGACAAGAUAAAGACUCUUACAGAACCACUGUAUUUGCAUUUAUUGACCAGAUACUGUGGAAUUGAUUUUAAAAAAUUGUUUGUGUGUGAGUGAAGUUGUUGCCAUUAUCAGUUUGACAGGAUGUUUUAUUUAAACCAGUUAAGUUAGAUUGUAUGUAUGAACAACACAACUUUCUGGUUUCUGUUGUUUACACUUCUGAGUGUGUAAAGAAUAAUAAUAAUAAAUUAAUUAUUUUUUCUUCUGAUAACCACUAUUCAGAGCAUACAGGUGAAAAGUUGACAUUGGUACUGGUGAAUGGGGAUGGGGACCUCAUAAGUGGGCCCAUUACUCUUCCCAAAGAGACACUGAGCUUUUAAUCAAAGCUUUGUGUCCCUCGGGUGAAGAAAACCAGGUUAGAAAAGUUGAUACGUUGAAUGAUUAAACAGCAGCCAAGUGUUUUCUGUUACCGCUGUGAGCGUUCAUGAGCUGCAGCUGUUAUCAGACAUGUCUCACAUAAACGUCUCUAAGAGAAAGAGGAAACUCAUUUGUUGAAGAACAUACAAGAACAUAAUGGGUGCCAAGUGUAAAAUAAAACGUUAAAAAUGUCACUAAUGCAUUUGUAUUAUUUAGCUCACUUCCUGAGUGUAAAAUCUUGGUUAAAACAUUUCCAGUAACAUUUUAUUAUUUACCUCAUUAUUAUUAAAUUUUGCUAAUGUUUGCUAAAUGUUGUUUUAUGAGUUAAAUUAUAAAUCUAAAUGUAAAAGUUAAAUAAAUUCUAAAUGCUAUGGCUAAAUGUUAAUGUUUACAUUUCAGUAUUGCGGAAUGGAACGCACCCUUUGUGAUGAUGACAAAAACAACAGCUGACGCUUCCCCACAAGACAUCAAAUUUGCAGUUGCGGCUGGUGUCCAAGCUGCACUAAAAAUUGUUGAACUGCAGGUACAGUCCAUAUCAUUUUCAGUGAACAGGUUUUAAAUUUAAAUUUUAAAUUCCAUCUUCAGCAGUGUUAGCAGCAGUAGCCUUGUUAGUGGCAUUAGUGGUUCCUUUUGUCGCAGGAUGAUGAUGUCACAAUAAAAGCUAAGCACCAACAGCAAAGGCUGUGUCCCAGUGAGUAAU